AUGGCGCAGACUUACAGGGAAUUGUUCGGUUACAAAACCGACGCUACAGAGGAAAUUGAAGCAAUCAGUAUUUGGGUGCACAUACAGACACACAGAAUGAUCAGGACAGUCCGCCUGGUUCACCGUCACACCAUAAACCAAAAAGGUACUGCUGGAGAUAAAGCCAUGUAUAACACUUCACCGGCAAACGUGCAUUUCAACAUAGAUAUUCACAUACCAAUUAGAGGCCCAGGUCCACCGGCUCGAAGCAUAAACCAAAAGAUGGCGCUAGGAAUGCAUCUUUGA